AUGAAAAUCAAAGGAAACACGUUCAUCGUUACUGGAGGUGGAAGUGGUUUAGGUUUAAGCACCGCACAGGAAUUAUUGAAAAUUGGAGCGAACGUUGUGAUCCUCGAUAUAAAUGAUAAUAAUAAAUCGAUAUUUGGCGACCAUCAAGAUAAAGUACUAUUUGUAAAAACUGAUAUUGCAUCCGAGAAAGAUGUAAAGCAAGCAAUUUCUUUAGCAAUUAAUAAAUUUGGCGAGACAAUCAGAGGACUUGUGAAUUGUGGAGGUAUAUCACCUGCAGCUUGUAGAAUUGCUAAUAAAAAUGGAAUGGCACUCGAUUUAGAAAUGUUUAAAAAAGUUAUAAAUGUUAAUUUGAUUGGUACAUUCAAUGUAUCAAGAUUAGUAGCUUCACAAAUGAUUAAGCAAAAACCAAUGGAAGAAGCAAUAGAAGGUCAAUUAGGUCAAACUGCUUAUUCUGCAUCUAAAGGUGGUGUUUCAUCGAUGACUUUACCUAUGGCAAGAGAUUUAGCGAAAUUUGGAAUUAGAGUUGCAGCUAUUGCGCCUGGAAUCUUUGCCACGCCGAUGGCCAAAUUAUCUAGUUCAAAUAAAUUUGAGGAUUAUGUUGUUGGAUUAAUGGAAUUUCCUGCCAGACUUGGUAAAGCUGAAGGUGGGUAA